UUGCAGGGGAAGUAUAUAUCUUCUUCACUGCUCCUUCUAGCUUUGGACCUUCCCUGUUUAUUUACUCCAUACGCCCUGUCCUGUUAAACCUUGCCGGCUCCCCCGAAAGAUAACCAGCGUUACCUUGACCCCCUCCAAAAACACCCUCCCGGAUAUACAGAACACCAUCGUCACUCCCUCCACCAUGGCGGCAACCAAGAAGAGUGAGUUCGCCCUCAAGGCCCAACCCGAGUACAUGGCCCUCGACCCAGCCUUCAAGCCGCUCCCCAAGAACGGGCACCUCUCGGAGAUCGACCCGGAGUUCGCCACGAUGCUGCCCGCGGUCGAGGACGCCAUGGCCGGCCUGUGGGCCUUUAGCGAGUGGGCGCCCUUCCGGCAGGCGUGGCUCGCCCCGGGACCCCUGCCCGAGGGCUGCCCCGAGGAGGGCCGCGACGUCGUCACCGAGGUGCGCCGGGUGCCGGUCCGGGACGGCGCCGAGGUCGAGAUCAAGGUGUACAGGAGGAGCGGUGGUGGUGGUGGUGGUGGUGCCGCGCUGGUGCUGAAGACGCAUGGUGGCGGUUGGGCUAUCGGGUCGCACGUCACUGAGGAGGCGGAGAACUUGAUGCUGGCGGGGAAGUCGGGGGUGGUGGUCGUCAGCGUCGAUUACCGGCUAGCGCCGGAGUACCCGUUCCCGACACCUAUUAAUGACAGCUUUGACGUGUUGAAAUGGUGCAAAGCAAACGCAUCCUCACUCGGCGUUGAUCCGGAGAGGAUUAUCCUGGCUGGUGGGAGCGCGGGAGGCAAUAUGGCUGCGGUGCUCGCGCUCAAAGCCAGAGACGAGGGCGUGACGGGCGUCAUCGGGCAGAUCCUCAGCUUCCCCGUCAGCUGUCACCCAAAGUUCUUUGACAGCGUCAAGGACAAGUACGAGCUCGGCAGCUACCAGCAGAACUACAACGCCCCCGUGGUAGGCAUCUUGAAGAUGGAGUUCUUCUGGGACGUCUACGAGCCGAAGCCGAGCCCGGACCCCUACCACUCGCCCCUGCUGGCUAAGGACCUGAGCGGCCUGCCACCUGCCUUGGUCCAAGUCGCCGGCCUCGAUCCCCUGCGGGAUGAAGGGAUUGCCUACGCGGAGGCUCUCAAGGCGGCCGGCAACGACGUCACGCUGUACACCUACAAGGGGCUGCCGCACGUCUUCCCUAGUUUCCUGGUUACUCUGCCGCAGACGAAGGAGUUUUACGAGAGGCAAGCUGCCUUCGUUAAGGGGUUGCUGGAGAAGUCAGCAAAGGCUUAGGUUAUCGGGUGCCAGAGGUGGUCUCGGUAUGUACAUACGUUAUGG